AGCGGGGCCCAGACACGCCCAGCCCCGCAGCUGAAAGUUGGGCCGCCCGUGUAGGAAGUUGUGUAAAUCGGAGGUUGGCUCGGGUCAAAGGCCACCGGUGUCUGGUGAUGUGUUAAACUUUGUCCGGCUGGUCCGGGAGGAGUCGGGGUUGGAGCCGGAGCGAGAGUGAAGAUCACGGCGGGAUGGCGGCCAAGGCCCGUGUUUUGUACGGCUUCGCAGCUGAACCUGGAAACAAUGAGUUGACAGUCCAGGAAGGAGAAGUCAUCACUAUUGGCAAUCGGGAUGUAGGUGGUGGAUGGUGUGAAGCAACAAAUGCUCAGGGAAUGACAGGACUUGUUCCCACAGACUAUGUGGAAAUGAUUUCAGGUUCAGGGAGUGGAGCUAAUGAAUCGUUGAGACCCAGUGGGACUGCACAGGGUGUAGUAAAUAACAUUGCCGCGUUUGAUCCGCUCUCAACAACUCAAACUGGCCAAAAUGCAUCAUUCGGAGGUUCACACAGCAGCAGUCAGUCGCAAAACAUUGCUGAUCCCUGGUCCAAUUGGAACGCCGGCUCAGCUGGAAACUGGUCCGCGAAAAAUGAAGAUAACAGCAAAAAUGCCUGGAAUGCAGUGACCUGGCCGAGUAACACGGAUGGUUCAAAUGCACAGAAAAGUAGCGCUGCAGAUGAUGGGAGUACAACUGCCUAUGGACAUCCACAGGCUUACCAAGGUCCAGGUGCUACAGAUGACGAGUGGGAUGAUGAUUGGGAUGAGGCCAAGGUAUCUCCAAAUAUUCUACCACGGACGGAAACGGAGUCGCCAGAGACUGCUUUGGCUCGUGGCGGUCCUCGUAACGCUUCAGUAAAGAUGUCACUCAAUCGAUUUCCAACCUUUUCCAAACAUGGUCCUGAAGUCUACCUACUUUCAAAGCAGGCGUUAAAAACUGAUGAGAAGAUCCCCAUCUAUAAAGGCGAAGUUGGCCCAGUUUGGGAAUAUCCCUCAUCCUCGCUGAGCUGUGUAGUAGCUGACCCAAGGAAAGGAUCCAAGCUGUAUGGACUAAAAAGUUACAUUGAGUAUCAAGUAACCCCUAAUCAUACUAACCGAUCAGUCAACCACAGAUAUAAGCAUUUUGACUGGUUAUACGAGCGUCUACUGAACAAGUUUGGUUCUGCUAUUCCCAUUCCUUCACUUCCAGAUAAACAAGUUACAGGCCGAUUUGAAGAGGAAUUCAUUAAGAUGCGAAUGGAGAGAUUGCAAGGUUGGAUGAAUAGAAUGUGCCACCAUCCUAUCGUUUCAAACAGUGAGGUCUUCCAGCUCUUCAUUACUUACCGAGAUGAAAAGGAAUGGAAAUUAGGCAAGAGAAAAACCGAAAAGGAUGAUGUUGUUGGUGUCAUGAUCUUUUCAACAGUGGAGCCCCCAGCAGAGGACGUUGCCCUAUUCGAUGCGGAACAAAAGGUUGAAUCAUUUAGUAAGUUCACAAAGGCCAUGGAUGAUGGAGUCAAAGAGCUUCUCAAUGUGGGACAGGAACAUUGGAAAAGGUGUACAGGAGCACUACCUAAGGAGUAUCAGAAGAUAGGAAAAGCUCUGCAAAACCUUUCACAGGUCUUCGCAACCAGUGGUUAUGGAGGUGAAUCUACUUUGACAGAUCCUUUAACUGAAGCAGGAAAAACUUAUGAAGAAAUUGCCAACCUCUUUGCAGAACAGCCCAAAAAAGACCUGGAAUAUUUGAUGGAAACCAACCAGGAAUAUAAAGGAUUGUUAGGAUGUUUCCCUGAUAUCAUUGCAGUACAUAAGGGUGCUAUAGAAAAAGCCAAAGAAGGUGACAAGUUGGUUGCCUUAAAUAAAAUAACAGGACAGGAAAAGAACACCAUGGUGAAUCGUAUUGGCACUAUGUCUUACACGUUACAAGCUGAGAUGAAUCACUUCCACAGUAAUCGAAUUUAUGAUUACAAUUCUGUAAUGCAACACUACCUACAGCAACAAGUCCAGUUUUAUGAGACGAUUGCAGCAAAGCUGAAGCAAGCAUUGGGCCAUUUUACAGCACAACAGUAAAUCCUGCAACACAUUCAACCUUAAUUGACUAUUUGGUGGAGGAAACCUAUACUUCAGUGUGUAUAUGAAGGAAAUGCACAAGAAAAACCCCUUCAAAUCCAGGGUUUGUUUGAGAUAAUAUUACGCAUGUAAAACAGCUCAUUUGGACCAUAUCAGUUAUUUUUCUGUUGGUGCAAAAUUGUUUUAUGACUCUUGUGCAAGCAUAAACUUUGUGAACUUAUUGUUAUUUUCUCUUUCUCAUUUUCUUGUUUGCUCCUUUUCAUGGCAUAAUCUGCGCGGCUGCAUUUUUGACCCGCAGUGGCAUCUCAUCAGCUUGGUAAUUAUUGCUGAUAUCAUGGUGCCAUGGUGGUUAAUACUGCCUGUGAACGAACACUCAUCGUUGCAGCUUACUUUGGUUACAAAAUGGGCCAUGGGAAUAAGAAAAUGCGACACACUAGGGUUUUUAUGACAUUGGCAGCAAUAACAAUGGAGCUAAAGAAUUUAUUUUGUGCUCCAAGCAAAUACUUUUCAAAAGCCAUUGUUGUAAUUACAUUUGCUUUUCUAGCUUGUAUUUUGGGCGAUUAAUAACAUUUCAUGCCAGUCAUGCAUUCUAUGAAUAAAGUGCACAAGACCAAGAUUCACCUUGAUUCAAACUAAGUUGAACAGACAACAAAGAAAAAAGCCAUUUCAGAAACAAUUCCAAAUAGCAGUCAAUGGUGUGAGCAGUCCAGCACAGAAAUGCAGACAUUUUGGGGGGUAGAGGUGGGGUGAAGGGGGUUGUUGGCGAGAACGGGGAGAACCUUGAGAAAUGAAACAUUCCCAGCUGUGAACUGUGCCAUUUAUUCUUGACCAAAUUUUACUUGGUACGUGACUAUUUGACCGUCCUUUUUUUGGUAAUAGCUUUCGUAGAGCAGUUUCAAUGGUUACAGCCUGAGGUGCCAUUCUGAAACGUUUUAAUAGAUAUGGCUGGUUUGCAAUUUGGUUUUGGUAAUGAAUUGUACGUCAGAUUUAUGAUUUGCCACAAUCAACUUCUCUGACUAUAAUAUUAUUAUUAUUAUUACUAUUACUUAAGCUACCGAACUACCGAAUGAAAUUGCUUUUUCAAGAAGUACACAUUAACAAAGUUUUGUAUGCAAAUUGUUUGCUGUUCUCAACUGGUUACCGAUUCUUGGAAUCCAGCUCCAAAGUUAAGGGCUGACAUGAACUCCGUACAAUAGCGAAAAAUUUGAAAGCUAUUCUGAAUAGUUAUUGCAUUACUAAUAGCCCUGCUUAAAUUUAAAAUGACUGUACAAAGACAUCUAAUUAUAUGGACAUAUACAUUCAUGAAUCUAAGAGGACUAUAAGAGCAUGUUUGCACCAAAGAUAACUAUUUAAUUUUGUAUUGACAUUAUUUUUGGAUGAUAAAACUAAUAAAUGUUCUAUGCUUAUAC